UUGUGGCAUCGAACGAUGUUUUACUAGUAGCUUUGUCUGGCUAGUGACUAGUGUAUAGUCACUUAUCAGUAGAUGACCCGGCGGUUAUCAGUGGCAAGCAUUUACCUAAUUGGUAGUGGUCCCAUACAAGACUCGAGUCGAAUUCUUUUUGUCUCACGAAACUGGCUAGUGAACAUGUUUGCAAUACUUGUCUCCGGACUGUUUAUGGUCCAUAGUGUUUUCAUUUACACUCUAGUGAUACCCAUUUCUUGGGCAACAGGUAACAAAUCCCAGUGUUUCAUUAAACGGUUUUUAGUGAGUAGAUACUUGAAUUCAAAAACCAUGAAGUACCAAACUUUUCUGUGUGGACGGUUGAAUUUUUUAAAACGAAAUAAUCCUUCUUGACGUGAUGUGUAGGAGUAUUCGGGUUUCAAUAUAAAAUGAACAUGUUUCACUUGUGUUGUUUGAUAAUGUGUAGAAUUUUUGGAAACUCAAGUUGCUUUACAAUUUCAUUGACUUGGCAGUUGAGAUUUUUUAUGAUAAUAUUGAAACAGCGCGGAUGUGAGUUGAAUCGACUUGAAUCACUCGUGCCAUGGAGGCAGUGUGAGCAUGCUGAGCCGCUGGCGUAAAGUGUGGCGUAGUUGGGUGCCGAUCCCCACCGGAGUGGGAAUCACCCUUUUGGGAAUUCUGCAGUGGAGGCGGAUCCGCAAGCAACACCAGGAUGAGGUCGCCUUCAAGGAGUGGGAGAUCACAUGCUACCGUUCAGUCCCGUUUCGGCCACUUUCGAGAGCGUGGGGCUGGGUGAGCGACUGCACCAUUCCCUCCCCCGCCCGCGCCUGGGUGUACGGCCAGUACUCGGCCAUGUUUGCCGUCAACCUGGAUGAGGUGGAGCACGAACUGCCUCGCUAUUCGUCACUCGCCGACUUCUUCAGUCGUCGUCUGAAGGAGGGUGUGCGGCCGAUCGAUUUCUCGCCUUGUUUGGUGUCGCCAGCCGAUGGCAAAAUCCUGAAUGCGGGCAAAGUGACGUCGUGCCACAUAGAGCAGGUGAAGGGGGUGACCUACAGCAUUCAGGCAUUCCUCGGGGACCUCAACUGGCAAAACACCAGUGCAAAUGGGGGCCUCAAAGCAGUCAAUGUCAAUGCAAAGCACACCGAUAUCAACCAAAAUGAGAUCAAAGUAGACGCCAACGAUACUUACUCAAGCAGGGUUGCAGACUGGAACGAAUACAAGAAAUCACUGUUAAUGGAUCCGGUGAAUAACGACUUGUACCAGAUUGUUAUCUACUUGGCACCCGGUGAUUACCAUAGGUUCCAUUCGCCCGUGCACUGUAGCAUCAAGUAUAGGAGACACUUUCAAGGUGAACUACUAAGCGUGUCACCGCGAGUAGCAGGCUGGGUUCCUGAGUUGUUCUCUCUGAACGAGCGAGUGGUUUAUUUCGGCCAAUGGGAGAAGGGCUUCUUUAGUAUGACGGCUGUGGGAGCCACUAAUGUGGGCUCUAUUAGGGUACAUAGUGAUAAGUCACUUCACACGAACGGUCGUAGAUGGCAUCGUGAUAUCCGCCACAAAGGCAGGCGACUAAACGUGGAGUGGGAGAAGGGUGAGGAGGUAGGGGAAUUCAGGAUGGGUUCGACCAUAGUGAUACUGUUCGAGGCACCCCGGGACUACUCACUCUGUGUCCAGCCAGGACAGAAGAUCAAAGUGGGCCAAUCUGUCACCUGCUGUACCGACCUCGAUUCAAGGCAGAAGAAACGAACUUGAACGUUUUGUGGGAUUUUCACGAAAGAUGGCCGAAAGAUCAAACUGCAGGGAAUCGAUCUCCUCCGUUGUAUUAUAAUAAUUGUAAUUGAUUCACAGAUUUGUCCAACAUGUUCACUAGCACAUAAACUGUAUUUUUUAUUUAGUUUUCUAAAAA